AAAUAUUAUUUUCAAGUAAUAUAUGUAAAUUUAUAAUCUUUCGCAUAAUACUGAGAUUAAGUAUGUCAUGAUAAAUUAAUCUUUCGAAAAUAAAUGAGGACAUUAUUUCCUUCUGGAAAACUAAAUGACGGUAUUUAGUUAUUUUACUUCAUUGCAAGAUGGUUUCGCAUGCUCUGCAAAAAGUUCCAAAGCAUCAAAUUCAUAAUCGUAUUUUACUAGGAAUUCUUGCAAGAAUGCAAUGCCCAAAGCCAACUAAAAUGGGCUUGUUUCAGCUACUUACCGCUUGCUUGUUAGUUGCGUUCUUCACAAGUCCCGGAGAAGCCAUGCAUGGACCAAUGCUCAUUAUCAAAGGUGGUCACGGACAUGGCGGAGGAGGAAUGGGAGCAGCUUCUAUACUUGCAGCUGGUUUAGUGGUCAAAUUGCUGAGCGAAAUUCACAAGCAUAAACAUCACCACCACAGCAGCAGCUACAGCGGCCAUGGCCAUGGCUAUGGCAUGGGAGGAGGCUAUGGGAUGGGAGGUGGCGUUGGAAACGGAAUAGGCCACUCUUUUGAAAGCCACGAUGCUCACCUUGGCCAUUAUGGUUAUGAACCACAACCACAUGCAUGGAUGCGAUAAUAUUUAUUAAUUUCUAGUCACCGUUUAUGGCUUUUGUAUAAUAUUGUAUAUUAUUUGUACAUAUCUUCAGUUCAUCAUCAAUAAAAUUUCAGUACA